AUGUUAUCCAUAACACGUCGAUCGUCGUGUUACUGGCUCCAGAUCGUCUUUAUUAUACACAUACUUGGAGCCAUUUGGUAUGUCGUAUACCGUCCUACGCUGGUGCUACCAUGGCAGCAUCGCCACCAAAGAGGACACAUUGGCGAUGAUGGCGACGGUCUUUUCGCCGCACUCGACGACAGCCGUUCUUGGACCACGGGUCCUCCACACAACCCAAACCAGCUUACCGUCCAACUUCCACCCGCAAGCAACCGUACGCCGCGCGUCAAUGCUGGGUUUGUUGUCCUUGUCAGGAACACGGAAUUGGGUGAAAUGCUCGAGUCCAUGUAUGAAGAACGAUUCAACAGAAAGUUCGAUUAUCCAUGGCUGUUUCUGAAUGAAGAACCGUUCACUGAAGAGUUCAAACGAAGGACUACUGCAGCAACAAACGCAAAGACGCAUUUUGGAUUUGUGGAUGAGUCCAUGUGGUCUUAUCCGACGUGGAUCAACCAGACGCUUGCUGCAGAACAGCGGGAAAAAAUGCGUGGACUUCCUUAUGGCGCAAGCGAAAGCUAUCGCCACAUGUGUCGUUUUCAAAGUGGCUUUUUUUGGCGUCAUCCUCUGUUUUUAGAGCUUGGAUGGGAGUACUACUGGCGCGUCGAACCACAUGUACGAUACUAUUGCGAAUUAGACUACGAUCCAUUCUUGUACAUGAAACAAAACAACAAGAAAUACGGAUUCACGAUUUCCUUUGUCGAAAACGGCGGCACGAUCCCUACGCUCUGGGAAGCCAUCCGUCGCUUUGUGACAGCCACCGAAAUCUAUGGCCAAAACCAAUUCGCCCUCAAAACCAAAGACACGUUGUACCGUUUUAUCACGGACGAAAACGGCGAGCAAUACAAUCAAUGUCACUUCUGGACCAAUUUUGAAAUUGCACGGACCGACUUGUGGCAAUCAGACACGUAUCAAAAGCUUUUCGAGUUUUUAGACAGGUCGGGUGGAUUUUUUUAUGAACGAUGGGGCGAUGCACCAGUGCAUUCCAUUUUCGCUGCCUUGUUUCUUCACAAGGACGAGUUUCACUAUUUCCAUGACAUUGGUUAUAAGCAUUCAGUGUAUGAACAUUGUCCGGAAUCGGACACACUUGCUGACAAGUGUUUUUGUAAUCCAGCGAAUACGUUAGAUUACAAGGAUCCAAUGAGUUGCUUGACACGGUACAUGGAUGCGCUUGCUGAGAACAGCGUUGACAAGGACACGACUGUCGGACAGUUGCUGCGCUUGCCAGGCGUAGCCGCAUAAUGAUUUUUUUUUCUCAAGCACACACAUAAUAAAACGAUUGCAUUAACUCAUCUUCAU